AUGCUCUCCUCCACGGACGACGACGACGACGCCUCUUGGAGCAACUUGGGCACCGACCUUCAAGGCGAAGAGAUCGUUCUCGAGGACGUCGUUGGAAAAAAGAAGACGAAGGAGGAGUUCGAGGAGGGAGACGAAAAAGAAUUGGAGGAAAAACCGCAAAUGACAUGCGGGAAAAAGGACGACUCUCCCCCUUCAAAAGAAGAAGAAGAGAAAGAGUUGGAGGGCAUCGAGGACGCGUGGGAAGGCAAAGACGAGGAAGUGCGCGCGUGGCUGGAACUCGCGGAGGGGCAAUUUGACGCGAGGACGUCGCCCUUAAUCGGGGCGCAACAGAAACAGCAAACGAGUCACGCGACGACGACAAAAUAUGAGACCCCUACUCAAGGAGAGGGGGGUGAAGGUCCAGUCCAAGAAAAACAACCGCGAAGAGAGAACAAACGAAGACGGACGAACGCGAUGAAAACAUUGAAGAGGUCGCUGGAUGUGAAGUUGAUGAUGAGCUCGGUGGUAUCGAUUUGCAUUGGAAUCGUGGCUUUGUAUUUAGCCACCAUGUCGUCGUCGACGACGAGGGACGUCGUGAUUACUGAGAAUACGCCUUCCGAGACGAACUCGUUCGAGGAACGAUUAAAAGCGAUCGAGGAGAUUCAACGGUGCGAAGUCAAGUUGGAAAAAGCGAAAGAGAAGGUGGAGGAGUUGGUGACAAAAAUUUUGGAGGAGAAGAGGAAGCUUCGCGCACAACAGCAACGGGGCGUUUUCGCCUCGUGGUUGGCGUUUGAAGACGACGAGUAUUCGGAGGCGAUUUCAUCUUGGACUGCGAUGGUCGCAGUGAUGACGUAUUUUACCGCGAUAUCGAUGAUUUCGCUUUGGUUCUGGAAGUUGGUAAACCUUGCGUUCUUUGGUAACGGCGAGAUGGAAGAAUCGUCGUUUUUUACCACCACGACGGGGACGACCAGAAGCGACGAAAGCGGCUCGGCGAAAGACGACGACGACGGAAAAGGAGAAAGACCAAUCGACUCGUACGCGAAAGUCGCGAGGCAUUUAAACGCCAACAAAACACCAACAUCUUCGAUCCGGGGCGCCUUGCGUACCCCAAGCGACUCGGGCGUUCCCAAGCCGUUCGCCACGUCUUCGCAAAGACGCAGGAGCGUAUCGCCAACCGUCUCCAAAGACGGUGCCACGCCUCUCUCAAGAUUACCUCGCUACAAAACGCCGCAGUUACCGCCAACCGCCAACCGUCGCGGUCCGGCGAGAGAAGACUCGGUGAAUAACUUAGGUCGUCGAAUGCAAGACGUCGCCGACGAAGACUUGGCGAUGAAUCUCUACGGAGAACAGUGA